AUGGCCUCAACCACCACAACAGUUGCGGGCUACCUCUUUGCUCGUCUUCAUCAACUGGGUGUCCGUUCGGUAUAUGGAGUUCCUGGAGACUACAAUUUGACCCUGCUCGACUACCUGGAGCCAGCUGGCUUGCACUGGGCCGGCAACUGUAACGAACUCAAUGCUGGGUACGCCGCUGACGGAUACUCGAGGGUCAAGGGCAUCGGAGCUCUCAUCACUACAUUUGGAGUCGGUGAGCUCUCUGCAAUCAAUGCCAUUGCCGGUGCAUACGCAGAAAAAGCUUCUGUCGUCCACAUAGUUGGUACUCCAAGCCGAGCAUCUCAGGAUUCACAUGCUCUUAUACACCAUACUCUCAACGAUGGUGACUAUCGCAGGUUUGCACAGAUGCACGCCCAUGUCACCACGGCGCAAGUAAACUUGACAGAUCCGCGAACCUGCUCUGCUCAGAUUGAUUUUGCCUUGGAACAAUGCUUGCUGCAAAGCAGACCUGUGUACAUCGAAGUACCGGCCGACAUGGUACCCAUUCCGAUUGCAUCCGCUCGCCUCGACACAGAUAUCAGCAUUGAUCACUUCGCUCAGCCUUUGAAUGCAACAGCAGCACUUGCUUUGGUCCUUGAUCGCAUGUACAGCUGCAAGAGUCCGAUGAUCCUCGUCGACGGCGAAAUCAGAGCGUUUGGUGCCAUCGACGAGCUCAAUCAACUCGUCAGGCUCACUGACUGGCCAACAUGGACGACUACUUUCGGCAAAGGCCUCAUCGACGAGAAUUUGCAAAACAAUCUUGGGAUCUACAAAGGCAAGAUUAGCCAACAGCAUGUCAAGGAAUACGUUCAAUCGUGCGACCUAAUCCUAAGCUUCGGACCGCAUCACAGUGAUAGCAACACUUAUCAGUAUUCCAACAUUCCGAAUCCCGCAGUCACGAUUUCAUUUGGAGCCACAGAGAUCCAGUCCGAUGCGACAAUAAUCCGAGAUCUGCCAAUGAAGCCAUUUCUCAAUCAAUUACUUACAAACUUGGAAAUUUCAAAGCUUGUAUCGGUGAGCCCACCGCAUUCCGUUGAGGGUAAUGUUGUCGACUCUGUCGAUAGUCCUGGCGACUCAGAGACCGUUACCCACUGUCAUUUUUGGAAGACCAUGUCUAGCUUCUUGAGACCUGGAGACAUUGUCCUCGGAGAAACCGGAACCUCAGCACAUGGAAGCCGCGAACUCGUUCUCCCUCAAACCGCGAGAUAUUUCACAGCUGUGACCUGGCUAUCGAUAGGAUACAUGCUUCCAGCUGCCCUCGGCGCAUCUAUGGCUCAACGUGAACUUCACGAGGAGAAUUCGCAUCAACCUGACCAAAGCAGAACAUUGCUGUUUGUUGGAGAUGGAAGUCUGCAAGUGUCUGUACAGGCUCUCAGCGAUGUCAUCCGCCAGAAAGUGGAUAUGAUUGUUUUUGUGAUCAACAAUGAUGGCUAUACCAUUGAGCGGUGUAUCCAUGGACGGAAUCGGAGCUAUAAUGAUGUGGCUCCCUGGCGAUACUUGCUUGCUCCAGCUUUCUUCGGUGUGGAUGAGGAGGGGGAAUAUCGGGCUCACACAUAUAGCGUCGCGACUUGGGCAGAGCUGAAGAAUGUGCUUGAGAAUGAUGAACUGAAGAGAGGGAAGGGUUUGCAUAUGGUGGAAGUCUUCAUGAGCAAGGAGGACGCACCGCCGACUUUAUUGGCCUUGUUGGAGAAACAGAAAGAGGCGGAAAAGGAACGGGACUCGAAAGUGGUAGAGUAG